GACGUAUAUGAGAUAGAGAAGCGAGAAACACUACAGAGGAUCAGCUGGUUGUUGACAAAUAGGAGUUGCUUAGUGAGUCAUUAACGUGGUGUGUGUAGCAAGGUUUACCCCGCUCCUCCAGUCAUGUCCUCGGAGAUUAACCUCUUGCUGGAAAAGGCAACUAGCCCAUUAUUGCUGGACAUUGAUUGGGAUUCCACACUUCACAUUGUUGAUCUCAUUCGUCAAGGAGAUGUUAACCCAAAAGCUGCUGUGCAGUCACUUGUCAAUCGCCUCAAGGACACCAACCCCAAUGUGGUCUUGUUGGCACUGCAGGUGUUCGAGUCAGUUGUUAAAAAUUGUGGUCAGUCUGUUCAUGAACAAGUUGCUUCCCGUGUGAUUAUGGAACAGGUCCACGAAGUCCUUCGCACCAACCCUAAUGAUGAGGUACGCAAGAAGAUCCUGAUGCUUCUUGCCACGUGGGUGUACGCCUUCCGCAACGAGACCAAAUAUCGCGCUGUACAGGAUACAGUUAACAUCUUGAAGGCUGAGGGGCACCACAUGCCUACUGUUAGCGAGAGCGAUGCUAUGUUCACGGCUGACCGUGCACCAGACUGGGCAGAUGGCGAGUGUUGCCACCGCUGUCGUUCACAGUUUACCAUGAUAAGACGAAAGCAUCAUUGUCGUGCCUGUGGUCAAGUUUUUUGUGGGGACUGCUCCAGCAAGUAUUCAACAAUCCCAAAGUUUGGCAUUGAGCGGGAAGUCCGUGUUUGUGAGUCAUGUUUUGACGACAUAAACAAAUCCACAAUUUUGGACCCAGCGACUUGGGACCAAGAGACCAGACCGACAGAAAGCUCACAACGGCCCACUACCAACACCACUAAGGUGGAAACUGAGGAGACCGGUAGUCCUAUGACCGCCAAGGCACCUGGGAAGAAGAGUGAAGAGGAGCUACAGGAGGAGGAGGAACUGCAGCUUGCAAUUGCUCUCUCUCGCUCAGAGGCUGAAAACAAGGCGAAAGAGAAGCUUCGUGCCACCUCCAAUUUGUUGGGGGGUAAUUGGCGUCAACCAUCGCCCACUCCAGCUUCCCCGGCACCACAAAGUGUCCACGAAAAGGAAGACAUGGAUCCAGAACUUGCACGUUACCUGAACCGAACCUACUGGGAGCAGCAGCAGCACCAACAGCAGCAGCAUCAGCAGCAGCACCAGCAGCAAAAACAUUCACAGCAGGUGGUGGAUUCAGGCCGUACACUUUCCCCAACUCAUCCAUCAGCCCCCAACUCUGGUAACAAGAUUCUGCUCUCACCAUCCAAACUAGAGCCAAUCAGGAUGAUGGAACACUAUCAAAAUGGGGAAACUGAGGAAGUGGACGAGUUUGUGUCGACUCUACGUACUCAGCUAGAAAUAUUUGUCAACCGAAUGAAGAGUAACCAGAGCCGAGGCAGACCCAUAGCUAAUGACACUUCAGUUCAAACUCUGUUUAUGAAUAUUACAGCUAUGCAUGCCCAGCUUUUGAAAUACAUACACCAGCAGGAUGAUAAAAGAGUGAAUUUUGAACGCUUGCAAGAUAAAAUAUCACAAGUGCGUGAUGCUAGAGCAGCCUUAGAAGCUCUGCGGGAAGAACACCGAGAUCGUGUAAGACGUGAAAGGGAGGAGCAGGAACGCAUAAGACAAAUACAGAUGAUGCAGAAGCUUGAAAUAAUGAGGAAGAAGAAGCAAGAGUAUCUUGAAUAUCAGCGUCAACUGGCCCUUCACCGCAUGGCAGAGAGUGAACGUGAAAUCUUUAACAAAGGGGCAGUAAUUGGUGCACCAGGGGGUAUGUAUCCUGUAGUGUAUCCUGCAUACCCAGGUGCACCAGGCCCUAUGCCAGGACACAUGUACCCACCACAGCCUGAGGGUGGUGUCCCACAGGGAGGAAUACCACAAGGUGGAGCACCUUUCCAGUCUCCCCCUGGCCAACCCCAGUAUCAACGUCCUCCUGGAUGUGUUAUGCCUGUUCAGCCGGGACCUGCUCCCCCACAGCCAGGUUACCAACCACCACCAGAGUUUUCUCCAUAUAAUAUGCAAGGACUUGCCAGUCAAUUACCAAAUGUGGGUGGUGGUGUUCCUAGUUAUCAACCUCAGCAUGGUAGCUCGGGGCAGCCUGGUCCAGGUAUGGUUCCCCCUCAGAUGCCUAGUCAACCUACAAUGCAAACUCCUGGUCCAGUUGCUGGUGUGCAGGAUGAUAUGAGUAGUGGCGCCCCACAAAUGCCACAACCGCCCAACAAUCCACCUACACCACAAGACCAACAAGCAGAACUUAUUUCCUUUGACUAACUGCAUAUUAUAUUACAGUUGUAACACUUGCUUGAUGUUUCCCUCAAGUCAUUAGUUGUCAGAAUACUAACCAUUUAUUGCUUGUAAUAAAAAUGCAGUAUUAGCCAAGCGACUUGUAAAAAUUCAACUGUUACACAAUUGUUGAUUCACUCCCCAGAAAGGGUAUAAAUGAUGCAUUUUCUUUAUAGCCCUAAGUGAGGUAUGGUAUUAAUUUUGUUCAUAGCCUCUAUUGCUUACAUUUAUUAUUCAAAUUAAAAUAAUAAAUAUUUCAACUGUGUGAAGUGUAAAAAAAAUGAUGCAAGUGUAUAUAUAACUAAAACACUGUAUAAUAUAGAUGUGCAUGGAAUGAGUGAUGUUCAAGCAGAUUUUCUUGAAUAGGAUGUUCUGCAGUGGUAGAACAUGACAUCUUUGCUUUGACAAGUUGCUUUCAAUUAUUUUAAGAAGAACGGUGUCUUAUUUUGUCUCAGUCCAUACUUUUAAUGUAUCCAUUAUAUAGCCUUUAAGCUACCAAUACUUGGUUAUGAUAAAUUUUGUUUUUCAUAUAGAUUAAAUGAGCAAUGCUAUAAUUGAUUAAUGUAUGUAGAUAAACUAUUAUACAAAUUUUGGGGAUAUAACAUUGUACGAGUCAUA